AUGGAGAAAUGGCAUGCAUCUGCCCCAAACAGGAAGGGCCCUGUGCCUCCAGCCGUGGACCUCUGCUUCAAUAGGCAUAGCCACCGAGCAGACUUCUUUCAUAUUGGCAAGGAUUAUGGAAAAAGCAAAGCAAUAGCAGGAAAAUCAGGAACACAACUCCACUUACCGCCACCUCAUCACAUGCUGUCUAUGCACACAGAGCGUAUGGGAGCCGCCCUGCUGCUAUCAGAGGGCAAUCACCUCACAGACUUGUACCGAAGAGAUGAGACCAUCCAGGUGACAGGCAACGGCCAUGUGCAGAGCCCCCGCUUCCCCAGCAGCUACCCCAGGAACCUGCUUCUGACCUGGCGGCUCCACUCCCAGGAGAAAACCAGGAUACAGCUCACUUUUGACCAUCAGUUUGGAUUAGAGGAGGCAGAAAAUGAGAUCUGUAGGUAUGAUUUUGUGGAAGUUGAAGAUGUAUCAGAAACCAGUACAGUUGUUAGAGGCCGGUGGUGUGGACACAAAGAAGUUCCUCCAAGGAUCACAUCAAGGACAAACCAAAUUAAAAUAACAUUCAAGUCAGAUGACUACUUUGUGGCAAAACCUGGAUUCAAGAUUUAUUAUUCUUUUGUGAAAGAUUUCCAACCGGUAGCAGCCUCAGAGAACAACUGGGAAUCAGUCACAAGCCCUAUCUCAGGGGUAUCCUAUAACUCCCCAUCAGUAACGGACCCCAAUCUCACUGCGGAUGCUCUGGACAAAACAGUCGCACAGUUUGAUACUGUGGAAGAUGUGCUCAAGUACUUCAACCCAGAGUCGUGGCAAGAAGAUCUUGAGAACUUAUAUGUGGACCUUCCUCAAUAUCGAGGCAGGCUCUACUACGGCCGGAAGUCAAAAGGUAAGAAAACAGAGGCUCGGUGGUUCUGUGUAAGUAGUGUCAACAGUAAUAAUAAAGAUUGGCAGUAUGAUAUGUUUGAUGCACUCAAAUCAGAUCAUUACUGUCAAUCUGUUACCACAAUAUGUUCCACAGCACUUUCAAAUUCAUCUCUGUAUGGAACCCAGGCUUUGUCAUUUGCAUAUGACAAAAGAAGAUUUGGUCCAAUCUGUCACAGUAUGUGUGGAGAGGUCAGGAAAGCACCUGGACCGGCUCCUUACCUUCUUGGCAAACAAAGCAUUAUUAGCCCCGAUAACAGAGGGAACCAAAGUCAGAGGAUAACUAACUUGUUCAAAGCUGCCUGGCUAGUUAACAGUGGGAGAAAUGAGCAUCUAGGUUCUUGGCCUACAGCCCUUGUGCUUGUGCAGUGUUGGCUGUGCCUCUCGGAUAGACAGUCGGCUGAGUCCAUGACUGCCUAUGCGAAGCUCUAUACAAAAUCAUUCUGCCGAAUGCCAGACACAAGACAGAGCAGCAUGGAUCACUCAGUUGUAAGUUCCCUCUUAACCUAUUUUCAACCAUUGUUCUAUCAAGGUAAAAUAUCUGAGGCCCCUAUAACAAAAGUCAGACGACUAAGAGAAAAGUCUGAAUUUGUUUAUACAUUUUCUGUGGCACAAGAUCUUUCCUUGGGAAAUGAAGUUCAUCCUGAGUGUUUUCUCUGUGGUGGCUUUGAUGAUGGUAGACAGAAAUAUGAGCAGGCAGAAUGUGAGCUCCAGGUUUUGAGGUUUGAGCCUGGCCUUUUCAAGAGGAGGGGCAGAGCUAAGAACAUGGCUCUGGUGGACAUCCAGUUGGAUCACCAUGAACGAUGUGAUUGCAUCUGCAGCUCAAGACCGCCUCGAUAAGAGAACAACAACAUCCUUACAUUAAGCAUGGAAGAAACUUUAGUUUAAAGAGGAUGCAGUAAAGGGACCCCUUUUCCCCCAACAGCCAAACUUGCUAGCUGCCUGCAAUGCAAUGAAAUACAAGUGGUUGCCAAGGCAACCUAGCUUUGUUAGUGCCAUGGCAAGUAGAAAGGUGUAUUAACGUCUGUAUCCAAGAAUAUAGCGUUGCAUUUAAUGAUAGUAUAUGAGGAUAUAUAUGUAUACGCAAUACCGGUAUAUAUCCAUGCCUGCGUGUAAAUAGAUCAAAUGGUUUAUUUAGUAUGUAUGACCAUAUAGUCGAAUUAUUUACAUCCUUGAUAAUUUGCCAAAAUAAGGGAUGUGUUAAGUACACCAAACUAAUCUUAAGGAAAUUCAGAAGGUAAAUUUUCAAACUGCAUUUUUGUUCUUGAUCUCUUAAAGAGAGUAUCUUGCACAUAAGGAAUCAAAAGAUGAGCUUUUCUUAUAUAUAAAUAUAUAUAUAUAUAUGCCUUAAUUAUAAGAAAGGAAAAGCAUGGUUUCUGGGAAAGGGUAAAUAUACAACCAUUUUUCCCGUAAGAUGCACUACAUACCUACCAGCAUGGACCACAAUUGCCUGUCUCUAAAAUGGUGCCACAAUAACAUAAGAGUUUUAAAGUCAUUUUAAGUUUUCUUUUUAUGCAUCCUAAUUCAUUUAAUAUUCAUCUCUAAAAGAAAGGUUCAUUAUUAUGAUCCAUCAAGAAAUGAUAUAUAAGUUGGAACAGAAUUAUGGAUGUUAGUUUUUGCUUUCCAAAAUUUCUCCACAAAAGCAAAUCCUUUCAAGAAUGUCCUGGGGAUUAUGGAUAUAUCUUUUAAACUGAUAUUGAUAGUAAGUUUUGGACAGUAAAAAUAAAACAAAAAAAUAAAGCAUUAAAAUAUCAACAUAACUGGAAAUUAGAUGAGAUAUUUGGUAGAAUCCAUAUUUAAUAAUGGGUUUAAACUCUUCUAAACUGUGCUGGUAAUUUCAUGCAUUUUUGCCUUUGUGUUCCUGUCUCCUCUGUACGUACACAUGGACUUACAAUAGCAUUUUUUGUUGGCAAGCCACAAUGGAUUAUUUAUAGCCUGAAAGCUUCUGUGCAGUAAUAGAACCACCAAAUUUUAUUGAUGUAAAAUCCCUAAUCACAGACUCACUCACCAUUCAGAAUUCCUGUUUCUAAAGCAGGUGAAAUCAGAUCGGGGGGCUCUUUUUCAAAUCUGUGGUGCUUUCAGCUCUCCAAGGUAGAAGCCCAAGCAAGACCCUGGUCUCCUACUAGUAAACUGCUUUGCAUUAAUUAUUGAUAUUUAGAGGAAAUUUUCCUCUCUGGCUCCUUCAUGUCUAUUGUAAAGAGACUGAUUCCUGAAGUAGGAAGUGAUUCAUCAUUCUGUGUAGUAAGAAGCGUAAGGGGAAACACUGAAACCAACAGAGCCAGGGGCUUACUGGGAACUACAUUUUUGCCUUCUUUGUGAGUCCAGGAUUCUACUGACCACAACAUGCUUGUUUGCCUGAUAUAUACACCUGAGCUGGUUAAAUCUUUGAUGUCCAGGUGAACGGCCCCAAAACCACUUAAAUGGCUAGAUUUGAUGUUCUCACUUCCAAAAUUAACUAUACUUGAGUAGCUUGUUUCUUCUUAGCUCUUAGGGAUGAGAGACUUGUGUUUAUUGAUACAGACCUUAUAAAGCUUCUCUAAAAGUGUCUGGUGAUUUUCCUCAGGGCAUGAGUGUUCAAAUUAAAUACUCCAUUGUUUUAAUUCUCUAGAAUCACAGAGCACACUCAGAAAUAGCCCAGGCAGACACUAGUAAUCAGGAACCACUCUUCCCCUUCCUGGCCACUUGUAAGUUUCCUGUGAAAAUAUCAGUUUCCUGAACAUCCUCGUCACUCACUGGUUUGUACAGCUCACAUCACAGCUCUAAAUAUGACAAACUAGUGUUCUACUCAACUUUCAAUAAGCCUUCCAGACUGCAAUAACCAGAAUGGUUCUCAGUUGAAGCCCUCUCUUUACUUUGUAUUUAUUAGCUGAAAUAUAAACAGACAUCCACGCACUUUUGUGUUCCUUUUCUGAGUGUUUUAUUAAAACGUCUCCCUUGGUUAUCAGUUAUCUAUCAUACUUCUAACACGUAGCCAAUAAAUCUGUUUUCGUUACCAUCAAAGGCAUAAAAAAAGCCAUUGUACAAAUUUCAUUUCAAAACAAACCCUAUUAAAUCCACAUUAGUGCACCGCUCAGUCACAUGGAAUAAUGCCUUUAUGCAAUAUCUCCUUACAGGGAAGAACACUUUCAGAAGUGAAGUUUUUAUGGUUUUUUUUUGUCAUAUCAGUAACAUGCAGCCUUUUCCUCUCAUUGCUUUUUCUAUAGCAAAUGUAACAUGUCUCUUAUCUUCAUGAAAAAUAAAUAUUGCUUUUGA